AUGGGAGUGGUCAGGAGGUUCGCGUCGUCCCUCUGCUGCGGUGGGGCUGCUGGUUCGAAGAGUCAGGCAGGUCCGCCCAGCGCCGAGGAUCUCGAGCAGACUGCGUCCGAGGGCAGCGUGAGAUCCGUGGCCGGCCUCGACGUGAAAGGGUCCGUGGACUCCCAGGAGAUGACCCUGCGCCGCGCCUCAGUGCGGUCGGCCAGGAGCGAGAUGUCGCGUACAUUCUCGGACCACGUGUCCUUGAAGCAGAAGGGCGAGGACGCGUUGACCCCCACCCUGAGCUACCCGGCCGGGGAGCCGCUG